AUGCGUUCCAUAGGCUUUUUCGUGUUAGCUUUAAUACAAUUCAAUCUGGUAUCGGCUGAUGCUGAACACUUUUACGCAUCGCCUGCUUACGAAACCGGAGACUUGGGAGGAUGGCCACAGCAACUGUACAAAUCAUCGCCAGUGAUAGGACCAGUUCUGAAUUACAUGCAAAAAAGUGAGCAAUGCUACAGCCAUGGAGGAUAUACGAUGAUUACGCCGCGAGGAAAUAGCGUUCCCAUGCCUGGGCCUAUGAUUGUGGACGAUCGGGGAAAUUUAGUGUGGACAAAAAACUACGGCAGAGCAUAUGACUUGAAGGUCCAACAGUAUCGAGGAGAAGAUUAUCUCACAUUCUGGAUCGGCAAAGAGAUCGAUGGAUAUGGCAAUGGCAGUCAUUACAUGUUGGAUUCCUCCUAUCGUGAGGCAUACAUGAUCAACGGCAGCAAUGGACAAGCAGCUGAUUUUCAUGAAUUUCGCAUUACUAAUGACGACACUGCAAUUUUCACUGUGUAUCGCGUGGUACAAGCAGACCUCUCGUCGUUAGGAGGACCAAAUAAAGGGUACUUACUAGAUUGUGGCUUUCAGGAGAUCGAUGUUGAAGCUCAGUCCCUACUUUUUGAAUGGUGGGCCUCGGAUCACUUUACCAUAGAUGAGGCAUAUCAGAGUCUUCAAGGCUCAGGUACGAAUGAGGAGAUGGCGUGGGAUUGGUUUCACAUUAAUAGUGUUGACAAGCACCCGAGUGGGAACUAUCUUGUGUCGUCGCGAUUCUUAAAAUGCCUAGCAUAUAUAAAUGCCACCGCCGGUGAUAUCAUAUGGAAGCUGGGAGGCAAACAUAACAUGUUUACUGAUCUUUCCGAUGGUGGCGCUACAAAUAUUAGCUGGCAGCAUGACGCUCGUUUUCAAGAUAAUGGUGCGGCCAUCACACUCUUUGACAACGCAGCACGAGGCAUAAAUUCAUCCGCUGCAGCGCCCGACGAUAACAUCAGUCGUGGUCUUUACCUCGAUGUUGACGUCGAAGAAUUGGUAGCCAAAGUACGACACUCAUACUGGAGCUCACAAGGAAUCAUCAGCAUCUCGCAGGGGUCAAUUCAAGUCCUUGAGAAUGAGAAUAGGGUGAUUACAUCGUCGUUGAAGGAGAUCAAGUGUAUGUUGGCUGGAAUGGCGCAACCGAAAUCGCGACCUGGGUCUUGGAAGGUGCAGAAGAUCUGA